AUGGCAGAUCGUCCUGCAUCCCCUGUCAACAUUACCAUCAGCCACCUGCGGGCCGACUCCGCCACUGUCUCGUGGAGCAUCGUGGACAGCGACGUCGUCAUUGGCUACGCUAUCACACAGCAGAGGCAGGAUGGGUUGGCGAUGCGCUUCAUCAGGGAGGUGAACACCACCAGUCGGGCGUGUGUGCUCUGGAACCUGGACGAGGACACGGACUACAUCAUCCAGGUCCAGUCCAUCGGCCUUCACGGGGAGGACAGUGAAGCCAGCAAGAGAGUCCACUUCAGAACGCUGGAGAAGUCGGACCACUUUCAGACCAGCUUAAUAGACCACGAUGACCCAUCUGUGGAGGGUUUAGACAUGUCCAGACAGCUGCAGACGGGAGAGAUGGUCAUCAUUAUGACAGUCCUGAUCAUGUGGGCAGCUGUCAUAGCGUUGUUCUGUAGGCAGUAUGACAUCAUCAAAGAUAAUGACUCAAACAACCACAGCAAAGAGAAGGCCAAGCCCCCCUCAGAACACAGCACUCCUGAUUACCACAACGGAGGAUUACUGAGCAGUAAGUUCCAAUCAAGAACUGCAUCAUCCAUAAGCAUCAUCAAGGUCUGACGCGACCCAACCCGAGCCUCCAUCAGCACGGCGGCAGAGAGACUGCAUAAUACUGUAACAUCAGAAUCUCUGACGGCCGGCAGCCCUCACAUGCCAAGUCGCCUCCUACCUCUCUACACGUACUACAACUCUCAGCUGACCUCUCCUUGUAAUCCUUGACCCUUUGGAUGCACCUUAAAGUAGCAAUCUCUUACUUUUCCCAUGAGCCUCAAAGAGGCCUGUCUAAGUAGCUGCCCUCCCACUUGACACUUGACCUAGUCCUCCUCCUGUCUCCUCCCACCUGACAUGACCCCAUGGACAUGGACAGCCAUGUGGUCAGUCUUGAGGGCUACUCUUAGCCAAGCUGCUGAAGAGCUAUACCUAAUCCCCCAUUCACACAUGGUCCAUCAGGAAGUGGACCCCUCAUGACUGUGCACACUACACCCAGGUCCUGUUAAAUUGGGCCAGAGCUGUCCGGGGCUGAAGCCUGGGGCAGGAACUCAUGUGCAUUAUGACACACAUACACUGUUUUUUUCACAUAUUUAUUGUUCUAAACAAACACAAAUAGACUAUGGAUAACAUGGCCAGUGGAACCAGAAUGAUUCACUAUCAAUAGACAAAUAAUGUAUUGAACUAAUUUUUCAUCAAAUUUGCAUCAGAGGAAUCACUGCCUAACACAGGGAGUGCAGAUAAAACAGUCCAAAAACACCCCUUUUUUACCAGUCCUGUACCAGUGUUUGAUGAAUUUGUUAGCUCCAAACCCAGACCUGAGUGCCCCCAACCCUCACCCCCCACAUACUGUAGCAAAUCCCAAUUUAACCCCUGCCUUUAACCCUGACGCCCCCCAUUACCCCCAAACGCCUUAGCUCUGAGCCUUCAGUACCGUAGACGUCAUCAGGUCAGUAGACACAACGCGCAGCCAGGAGGCUUUACAGGGGCUCUACAGGGUAUCGGAGUGGGUUGUGAUACACGUUGCUUUGACUAAAUUCAACCAAAUUCAUGCACUCCUUUUUUCCUCCUACUAUUUUUUACAGUACAAAGAAGGCUUCCCCAGUUAACAAUGCAACCGUCCUAUAGGAAUAACUGUAGUUCAUUCCCCCCCAGUGAAAUCCUUCAGAAUUGCUUACUUAUGGAAAGUGUGUGUGCAUUGUACUGAAGGAGCUCAACAACGUGUCUGCUGUGGAGAGCUCAUUCACUUGAUUGUGUGACUCUGGGAGAAGCCUAAGUAAGCCCUUUACGGAUUUAGUGUGAAAGCAUUUGAAAAGCUGUUGUUGAGUCUGUGGGUGAGCGUGGACUUUUCAUGGCCGAACUGAAUCAGUGUUUUGACUCAGCUGAGCCAGAGCCGGAGACCAGUGCACUAGAGGAUGACAUUUUUCGGGAAUUCCACUGGGUCCCGUCCCAUUUUUUUCUGGCACUCCUGUGUCAUGCUCUACGGUGGACUGACCUUCCUGCAUGGGUGGACUUCCAUAUCAUCUCACCCCUGAUUCCUGACUAGGAGCAACCUGACUGUGGUGCGAAUGAUUUAAUUUAUUUUUUGCCUUAGUUAGCUGAGGCAUUGAACACUGACACUAGUAGGCCUAACUAACUGGAAAUUAAUGUAGCUUGGCCAUAUUGAACUACAUUAGCUAGUUAGUUUAAUUAAAUAGGCUAAUGAGUCUGGGACUGUGACAAAAAUGUCAUAAAUAAAAAUAUAUAUAUAUAUAUAUAUAUGUGGCCCACUACCUAAAUCAAAUCAAAGACUACACACGAUGAACCCCACUUGAAUUCCACUUCCUCUGUGUGUGUGUGUGUGUGUGUGUGUGUGUGUGUGUGUGUGUGCGUGUGGGUGUGCGCGUGUGUGUGCUCAUGUAAGGUUCAUUGUCUAUCACACUGAAAAGAGUAUUUUGAUGAAAAAGUCAAUGGAAGUAUGUGUUACUUAGUUCGACCACCAGACCCGCUGUCUUAACAAUAGGGUUUUUUUUUCUCAAACGGUUAUAUUUCUGUGGACCUAUGCAUUUUUGUGUGUUGGUUUGCUUAUGAUUUAUUAGGCCUAUGAGUAGCACUUGUUCUGCAGUAGCCUUAUGUUUUGGUCCUAAAUUGUAGGCCUACAUGUUAAUAAUA